UGGGCGCGUCCAAGCUUCAUCUAUUGACAGCAGAGGGCGGGCGCUACCAUUAUCUUCAGACUGGGGCUUUACGCAACCAAACUCCUUUUCCUAGUGGGCGCGUCCAGUUUCUGUCUGACAGCAGAGGAGGGCGGUACGUACCAAUUCCCCUCACAGGGGUGUUCCGCCGCGGUUGCGGAGGCCCAUACUGAAGUGUGAAGUGAGGCAGAAUGACAUCCCCGGCUAACUCUGUUCCUCCGCCCGGAGCUGCCUUGGAAACGGCGGGUGCAGCUGUGGGUCCGUGACGUCACCGAGCCGCAAGGUUGCGAGUCUAUGACAUCAUCUGUGAACACCCAGAUCUCGGGUCAAUGAAGUUUGCACUAAGGAGCACCAGAGCAGUGGAUAGUGGUAUGCAAUACCAAAACAUUGAGGAGAGACUCAUUUAUUUGGCUGCUGUCAACCCUUUGCAAUUACCAAGUACUGUUUGAACAGAUACAUUCAAAGACUAUGGUGGAGUCUGGGAUAUGAAUGGAGAGAUAAACAUGGCUAGACUCAAUUUUUCUAAAAUGUUAAAAUUUGUACUGGACAACUACCUGCUUGUACUGCUUUUUUAAUGACUGAUUAUGGAUUACAAAAACUGAAACUCAGAUAUUUUUUUUUUUGGUAUUAUUACACAAAAGACGUGGUGACUAAACAUCUUAAAAAAACUAUUUUCUGCUCAUAAGCUUUGCUUUCAGGAGGUGCAAUGCAGGUUUACAGCAACUCUUACCAUGAUUAUUAGUCCGUGCUGUCCCCCAGGACUUUACCAACCUAGGAGUUGGAGCCUUUUUUGUAGGUAAUGGAGCCAGAGAAAAGCCAGAAGAGCACAAGGAAGUUGGAGGAAGGUGUAAGGAAAAGGUUGUCCAAAGAGGAGUCAUUGCAGGGCCCAUCAUCUCCAGCAGGCUUACCUUCUAAGCCCCAAGGGAAAGUUGUAGUGCAACAGAGUUUCCAAAGCUCCUUGAAAAUACCAAGAGAGGGAACACCCAGAAGGGUAGGAAGACCGUGCAAAGCAAAAGGUCCGCAUAGUGAACAGCUGUCAAAGGCACAGACAACAUCACCAGCAUUUAUGGCUCCCCGGGCUGUACCAGAUCAUACCCUUGAAGGGUCAACAUGGCAAGUUGUAGAUCCAAUACAUCCAGGUCCCUCCAGUUCAUACUCUGCCCUACAUGCCAGAAUUACUUGUACCGCAGAGGAUGCUUCUCAAAAAACUUAUGUUCACCGACCAACUGAGGUUUCUGUUAAACAAGGGGAGGAACCCCACAAAAAAGAAAAGAAACCUCAAAAACCAGGCAAAUAUAUUUGUCAGUACUGCAGCCGGCCAUGUGCCAAGCCCAGUGUUCUCCAGAAACAUAUCAGGUCUCAUACAGGGGAGCGCCCAUACCCCUGCAUUCCAUGUGGGUUUUCUUUCAAAACAAAAAGCAAUCUGUACAAACAUAGGAAAUCUCAUGCUCACAGAAUAAAAGCUGGUCUGGCCUCAGAAACUGGAGGAGAGAUGUAUCCACCCACUUUAGAGAUGGAGCAACUGGGAGGUGAGGAAAUUGAUGAUCAUACUGAAGGAGAAAGCACAGAUUCCGAGGAAGAGACAAGCACAAUGGCAAGCCUAUCAGAGCUCUCUCCACCACAGAAACAUGGUCAAUCAUCCUUUAUAGGAGGCCAGCAAGUUUUGAGCCAUGAACUUACUUCAUUAUCACAACCAUCUGUAUCCAUAAAACCAGAGGAGAUAACUCAAUUUGGAGAUCCCUCCAUGGAUCCACUUCAGAAAUCAGAAGACACCCAUACCAUAAAACAGAAACUAGCCCUGAGGCUUAGCGAGAGAAAGAAGGCAAGUGAAGAGCAGAUGUUUCUCAGCCCAGGGAGCAAGGGAAGCACAGAAUCAGGUUAUUUUUCACGCUCAGAAAGUGCAGAACAGCAGAUUAGCCCACCAAACACCAAUGCUAAAUCAUACGCAGAAAUAAUUUUGGGAAAAUGUGGAAGAAUUGGGCAAAGAUCAACAAUGACAACACCCACUCUUCAGCAAGGACCUAUAGAAGAAAAGCCAAGUUUAGGGCCAAUAUCAGUGCCCAGGACUCAGGUCAUUGAACACAUCACCAAGCUCAUUACUAUUAAUGAGGCUGUGGUGGAUACCAGUGAGAUUGACAGUGUAAAACCAAGACGGAGUUCACUAUCAAGACGGAGCAGUAUAGAAUCUCCAAAAGCUGCUUUGUAUAGAGACCCUUUCCAGUUUGAUCCAAAAUGCCUACCUGAGAAAACAAAAGGUGAGCACUCAUUUUUAUCACUUAAGCAAUCCCACAGUGCCACAGAGACUGUGCCUCUUCUCCGAAGCCACUCAAUGCCCUCCUCAGCCUGCACUAUAAGCUCUCCACAUCCUUUCAGAGCAAGUUACUCAUUUGAUGACAGGAUUGUUGAACCUGAAGUCUCUAGCCAAAGCCACAUCUUCUCAUCACACCCACGGCUUCUGAAGAGACAACCAGCAAUUGAGCUGCCUUUAGGAAUGGAGUACACCGCAGAGGAAUGUGGCUCAGGAAUAAGAGAUACUCCAUUCAAGCCAUCGGAUGACCUGGAAGUUAAAGAAAGUGAGCUUUCUAAAAAGUCAGGGAAAGUUGGAAGAGCAAAGGUUUUGUAUGAAUGUAAUAUUUGUGGUGCUCGUUACAAGAAAAGGGGCAACUAUGAAACUCAUAAAAAAUACUAUUGCUCAGAACUGCAAACCUUAAAACCACAACUUGCUGGCGCUCAAGGCCUUAAAGAACAUGAAAAAUGGCCUCAUAUGCUCCAUUAUAAGGUCAGUCCAGGCCUAGAACAGUCUACUUUAAGGAAAAGAAGAAUAGUGAAGAGUCCAGGUGAUGAUGAAGAAAGUCAAUCUUUUGAUAUGUCUGAGAGUCAGGCAACUUCUGUAGCACCAGGAUCCCCAUUCACAAUGUCAGAUAGAGCUUUAAACGUACAUAGUGAGCCAGUCUCAGUGUCUGAUAUUCAGUGCCGAAUGCCAGCUUUGGAGGGUAAAGAAAAGGCAGUCCUCUCUAAAGAAAUAUCAGUUAUACAGCAUACCAGUUCCUUUGAGAGAUCAGAGUCUAUGGAACAACUGAGUAGUUUUGAAGAGGAAGAUAAACCAGCAGCACAAGUAUCUUUAUGCUCUGCAAGACAGAAUCCUCACUUAUUGCAGCCCAAACUGGUUCGUCAGCACAACAUUCAGGUACCAGAAAUUUUAGUAACAGAGGAACCAGACAAAUCAGAAACAGAUCUUGAGCCACCUCCCAAAGAACAGGGGAAGACAGAAGAAUUCCAGUGGCCUCAGAGGAGUCAAACACUUUCUCAGCUACCUGCAGAGAAACUUCCUCCAAAAAAGAAGAGACUGCGCUUAGCAGAGAUGACCCAGUCUUCUGGAGAUUCUAGCUUUGAAUCCAUGUCCCUUACAAGAAGUCCAAGCCAAGAAAGCAGUGUUUCCCAUGCCUCAAGCCAUUCAGUUUCAUUUGAAAGGGAGGAGGGCUUUAAAGCCCAGAUGCAAUGUCAAGCAUCUGAGUCACUUUCAAAGUCUCAGGGUCAUCAUAUGCUAACUGUGCCCUCACAUCAUCACCACGCAAGAGAGAUGAGAAGAUCUGCUUCAGAACAGACUCCUAAUGUGUCUCAAACACCUCAGAUAUCAGAAAACAGAAGCAAAUCCUUUGAUUAUGGAAAUUUAACAUUUCCAGCUGUAAAAUCCAGUCCUACAGCUCAGGAAAGGAGAAAAUGUUUUUCCAUCCGUCAGACUUCCCUUAGUAAACAUGUAGCACAAGAACCCGAUUUGAUGCUUAGAGACUGGAGUGAGACAGAGCAGCCAUCUUCAUCAAGCCAUAUCAUUGAUAAAAGUAUUUCCUAUCAGUCUUCUGUCACCUCAUAUAGGGAUCAGCAGAGUGAUUCUCCUCAACCAAAACAAACAUCUAAAGCAGUACAAGAGAAGGCCUGUUUGUCACAUCAGCUUCCUGUUUUACCACAUCCCCCAAUACUACCUGAACAAACUGCAGAGCUUUUCCCAACCCAGCCAAUGACUGAUAUUCUUUCUGCUCAGUUUUCUCUUCCUGCAGUUACUCCAUCUGUCUUUCACACACCACCUAUUGCACUGCAGCACACACUACUUCAUCCAGAUCAUUUUCAAAUACCACAGCAGCUAAAUGAACAAACUAUAGGUACUUCUUUCAGACAUCUGCCUCCAUAUGUACACUUGCCUUAUCCAGGAUCCUCACCAUUUCCACCAACUUUUUUUAUUCCAGUACAACCGGAGUUUGCUUUGCCAACUUCAACUGAAAUUGGAGGGCAUUAUUCACAGUUAAAAUCAGUCAUCCCCUCUCCCAUUGGUGUACCUAGUGCAUCACCACACAAAGAUUUUUUCUCUGAGGCACUACAUUGCCCAUCUCAUAGUCCACUCACUACAGAGCCUUCUUCUCAGGGGGUCACUGUAAAUUCCGAUCCAGUGGUUUCUCUUGUGGUUCCUGUGAGACUUCAGACGCAAAUGCCUUCCAUUGGUAGUGCAAUGUAUACCACUCUGUCCCAAAUCUUAGUUACCCAUUCACAUUGCAGUCCAUCUGCAUUAGUUAUACAGACGUUUGAGAGCCAAUCUGAAGGGUCUCAUGGCUCAAAUUUGGCACAUAUUUUACCACAACAUCAGGAAAAUCUCCUUCAAACACCCUAUCUACGGGUGCCAUUUGCAAAGGUGGAAACUAGUCACUACAUGCCACUCACAUCAUCUUCUGAAAUUGUACAGGGAUUAGAUCUAAGCUCUUCAUCUGUUGGUGGCAGUAAACGCAUGUUGUCUCCUGCUGGCAGCUUGGAGCUUACAAUGGAGACUCAGCAGCAGAAGAGAGUGAAAGAGGAAAAUGUCCCAGAAGAAGAAGGGCACUUUGAGAUUUUGAAGGCACAAGAUGAGGGUAGAACAGUGAGCAGUGAUACAGUUGUCAGCCUUGCAAAAGUCAGGCUGGAACAGUUACCAUCCUCCCAAGCUAUCUAUGAUGAUUCAUCACUAAAAGACAGCGGCAAAAGUCUAACUCCACCUCUUGCAGGCUCAUCCCACACCAAGUCACCUGAGGAAUAUAAAGAGCAGAUAUAUGCACGUAAAAUAACUGUAAAGGCAGAACAUUCUGAGGAACUUGUUGAACCCUUUUCCUCAUACACUUCUCUGAGCACCAGGGUACCGGUUAACCUAUGUGUGCCGGGUGGAUCAGAAGUUACAGAAACUAAAAAGGUGCAGACUUUCCCUACUCUACACACAACCACUAAUGUUAGUUGGUGCUACUUGAAUUAUGUUAAGCCAAAUCAUGCCCAGCAAACCGACCGAAGGGCUUCUGUUUACGGUAGCUGGUGCAUCAGUUUGUACAACCCCAACCUUCCAGACAUAUCCACAAGGGCAGCACUAUCCCUGCUAAGGUCCAAGCAGAAGACUAGCACUGAGAUCUAUACAACAGCCGAUACCACACACUCUGACACAGAUUUGCUUGUUCCCUCCAGAGUCCUAAAACCCAAAAUGACAGAGGCUCACCUACCUCCUCGUGUGCAGAAGGAAGCUCCAAAUGUAGAAAAGGAGGAAGACAAGAGGGGGAAGCAAGAGGAUACGGGGCCAACUGUCAGGCGGAGUGAGCCAGCACGCAUUCGGAUCUUUGAAGGAGGGUACAAAUCCAAUGAGGAGUAUGUCUAUGUAAGAGGCCGUGGACGAGGGAAAUACGUGUGCGAGGAAUGUGGAAUUCGGUGCAAGAAACCAAGCAUGCUAAAAAAACAUAUUCGUACCCACACUGACCUCCGACCUUAUGUUUGCAAACAUUGUAACUUUGCUUUUAAAACCAAAGGGAACCUGACUAAACACAUGAAAUCGAAAGCACAUAGUAAAAAGUGCCAGGAACUGGGACUACUGCCACCAUCACUAGCAGAACUGGAUGCAGAGGAAGGGACCAGUGAUGAGCGAUGGCAGGAUAGUGAUGUUGUUGAAGAGCACCAGUUCUCAGACUUUGAGGACUCUGAUGAUGAUGAUGAAGAUUCUGAUGAGGAGGAUGAUGAAGAAGAAGAUGAAGAGGAAAGCCAGGAAGAAAAGCUCCCUGAUCCUUCGCUAACAGUGAGAGACUCUCCUAAUGAACCUACACAAGAUCCUGAGACUGCAGGGAGUUCGCCAGCAUACCAGUUCUCCCCCAAUCCAUUUCCCACUGUAGAGCCACCUGAGAAGGACACUUGGGGAAAGAGCUUUGACUUGCCUGUUUCCCGAGAUACUUUGUCUUGUAAGCGAUGGUCUCCUGGCAAGGAAGCAUCAGGGUGCAGUCGGCCAGGUCCAUCAAGAAGACACCUUUUGCAGAAGAGAGAAAGUUCACCAAAAUGUUUUUCAACAACUGGUUGUCCCUCACCUCGCAGGGGCAUGUCACCAUGCCAGCGUUUGGCAUCAACGAAAGAAGUUUCUCCAUUGCGGUGUAUUUCCCCUCGCCAUCUGUCUCCACAUCGAGAUCUAUCACCAAGGACCUACAUGUCACCUGAGCGUGGGGCCUCCCCACCAGUGAGACAUAUUUCCCCAAGUAGAGAGUUGACAGGUCUUCAGUGCACAACUCUAAGGCCUGGGCUGGCUUCACCUCCUUGUUAUGCAUCCCCUGGAAGGGAUGAGCAGCAACUAAGCAAGUCAGAGACUCAGACACACAUUAAAGUUCAGCAAGGGUUUUUUUCAUCCAUGGCUCUACCUCAUCAGACAGAAACUGCAUGCAACAAACAGAAGCUGGGACCAUCUAAUAUCCCAGUCAUGUCAAGACCCCUCUGUUCACAGCUUACACCUCACUAUCCGGCAAGAAGUGCAGAAAACUUGUUCACCCACCUACCGCUGCACUCUCAGCAUCUGCAAAGAACUCCUUACCCAAUGAUACCAAUAGGGGGCAUCCAAAUGGUACAGGCACGGCCGAGCCCUCACCCAGCUCUGUUGGGGCACUCAUUCUUUGAACCACAACCUGCAGACCCUGAAGCAGUGCCAUUUGAACAGCAGCACCAAGAGGAAACUGAUGAACAAAACAGGACUAGCAGGAAAAAGGAGGAAAAAGACAGGGUAAUGCCCCUCAUCAGCACAGCCCCACUAGUUUCCCCCUCAAGCACUUACUGCCAAACAGCUUCCACCCCUCCUCAGCCUGAUAUGUCCCAAGCUGAUACUGAUCCAUGUCAUGGCGAGCAUGUGGGAGAAGGAUGACUGGACACCUUCUAUAGGGAACACACUCCUUCAAAGCUCUCCAUAUAAUAUCUUGAAUGUUCAGGAUAUAGGGUGAUCAUUUUAGGAUACAAGAAGGAAAACCCUUUAGGAAACAAGAUUAUCCUAGGAUAUGGAAUAUGGAUCCUAUAAAGGAUAUAUAAUAAGAAUCCGAGGAUGUAGGAUAACAGGCUUGUGAAGUGGGUUAAGGAUCCGUUUAGGAUACAUGGUAAGAAUCCCGGUAUAUGCAGGCGGGUUUUGGUUGCACGGUGUUUGGAUUAUAGAGUGAAAAUCCUAUGGUAUGGGUUAGCAGUCCUUUCGGAAUGAAGGACAUUUCCUAGGUUUGGAAUAAAGGUCCCUUGUGGAUAUAAGAUCAACAGCCUAGGAUUUAAGAGAGACUUGCUUAUAGGAUAUGGGAUGCAUAUCCAAGGUACGGAAAAGGGAUCAAUUUAGGAUAAGUAAGGAUAUUUAUGGUACAGAUUACCAGUCCUUUUACAAUACUGAUUUUAGGAUGUAUACUAGGCAUCCUGGAUAUUUUUAAUCUACCACAUGAAUUAUUUUAGAAACACAGAUAAAUUCUGUUUCUUCCCAUUCUUGUCUUGGAGAAAGGGACUACCUUCAUUUCAUUCCAUUUAUCUCUCUCUUUCCCCUUAGUUCACUACUCCCUCUUUCAUAUGCAGUUUAUCUGUGCCUUUUAUAACCAAUUUGCUUUUAAAAUGCAAAACACAAUAAUCCUACAAGGAAAAACUGAACUUUCAAUGCUGUGAAAUAAUGUGGAAUAUUUUCAUCAUUCACCCAUUCUUAAGAAAUAAUUAGGUGGGAAUACAUUCUGUGACUACCCAGCUUUGGAAGCCCCACCCAUUGUUACUUUAAUGUGAUAUUGAGAUCUGGGUAGGAUGUGCACUGAAAAAUUUAAGGUGUUUUAUUUUAAUUAUUUUUAUUUCUAACGUAUAUAUCAGAAAAAAAAAUAUAUAUAUAUAUAUAUCUAUAUAUAUAUAGAGCUGGGAUAGGCGUCAGCCAUGGUGUACAGAAAUAUAUUUAUAUUAUGAAUUUA